CGAGUCAAUUCCACUGUCCUUUCUUUCAAUCAACCUCUUCCCAUUCUUUCUCUUUCUCUUUCCCCGUCGCCAUCGUCUUCCACAUAAAUAAACCCUAAACCCUAGACAAAACAAUGUAUCCGCGUCCGCGUCGUAAUUAAAUCUGUGUCACGAAUUGCUGAAUUUGGUAUACGCGAUGGAGUCGACUCCGGACGUCUCCGGCGGAGCUCUCGGCGGCAGCCCGAGCUCCGGCGGGGGGGAGGUGGCGGCGUCGAGCCGGUACGAGUCGCAGAAGCGGCGCGACUGGAACACUUUCCUGCAGUACCUGAGGAGCCACCAGCCGCCGCUGGGGCUGGCGCGGUGCAGCGCGGCGCACGUGCUGGAGUUCCUCCGGUACCUGGACCAGUUCGGGAAGACGAAGGUGCACGUGGCGGGCUGCCCGUUCUUCGGCAUCCCCUGCCCGCCCGGCCCCUGCCCCUGCCCGCUCCGCCAGGCGUGGGGCUCCCUCGACGCCCUCGUCGGCCGCCUCCGCGCCGCCUUCGAGGAGAACGGCGGCCGACGCGACGACAACCCCUUCGCCGCCUGCGCCGUCCGCAUCUACCUCCGCGAGGUCCGCGCCUUCCAGUCGAAGGCCCGCGGCGUCAGCUACGACAAGAAGCGCAAGAAGCCGCCACCGCCGCCGCCCCCGCCGCCGCCGCCGCCCGCUGGGGACAUGGGAACACCUUCUUUAUCGACGUAACCGAUCGCCAAUAAUCUCCUCGGUAAACAAUAAACUGCAUGUGAUAAUUAUAUACGUAAUAACUAGCCUUAAUUAAUGUUUAGACUUGCUAAUUAACAUUAAGUAUGUUCUAGUUCAUGUGA